AUGGUGCACAAGAGCAACAUCACAAUGACGCUCAACUGGCUGCCUUCCUUCAAGAAGACGAGAAGAUUCCUGAGACUGUCGGCAACCCAUUUGCCAAAAAAAAUCUUACCGUCUGCGCAAGAAAACUUUCAGUGCCUGACAUUGCUCUUAGAGGAGUUCAAGUCGUGUGAUGAUCAAUCAGUGAAACGAAUUUUCGAGGACAACAAAUACGAUGCAGAAGCAACUCGUUCUACAUUGAAUUUCAUGCUGAAUCCAGACAUGGAAAUAAUGGAAAUACCUUAUGUUGCACCCAAUAAUAAGGUCUGUUUGGAUCUGAAAACGUUGAAAACUUCAAAUAGCUCGUACAUCAACGCCACGCCGAAGACCUUCUCCCGAGUACACUCUCCCAGUUGCACAAGAGCAGGCUCUUCCAGUAUCGAAAGGAAGCUGAAUUUCACGCUGAAAGACGAGCAGAAGAGAACCAGAAGGCGCAAAGGUAUAUACGGAAUGGAAUGCCAUCAGCAGCGGGUGCCUUUCAGCAAGUGGCUCGAGAGCAUGCUUUCCGAGAAAAGUGCUUACGUGAGGAAGCCAGCAGGAUCAUCAUGA